AUGAGGGACGCCAACAUUUUUGCAUUUUGGAAGGCCAUGCCUCGAAUGAGCUGGUCUCCGCGUAACCUCUACAACCUCUGGAGGCGGUCCUGUGGUGCCGAGGCCGAGGCCAUUGACUUCACUCGCUCGCCUAAGACGCUGUUUCAGCAGCGUUGGAUCUCGAAAGCACUCGCACGGAGACUCGUCGUUCAUGGAUCUGUCCUGCUAAAUGGCAAAAAGCCCCAGGCGAUGUGGUCUCCGUUGACCCUGCAGCUAUUCGUUUCCCUCCAGGACCCUGAGUCUACGCUGUCCUCGUUGACACCUUUCAACCUUCCUCCAUAUGCGUCUCCCUUCGUUUUCAUUCCUGCCUAUGCAGAGGUCUCCUUCUCCACAUGCAGUGCCAUAUACGUUCGCCACCCAACGGCACGCCCAGGAUACAGUGAAAUUCCAACACCUUCGACGCCGACGGUGAAGUCAUUCGGCUUGCAUGGGAAUGGUACGCAAAGAUGCGUCCAAGGACGAGGAGUAAGAAACAAAUGGCGAGGGAACCAAAGAACAGAUCAAAAACGCAGCUCCACCCGCACCGCCCACUUUAGGAAGUUGAUGUAUAGCGGCGCUGCUAGUAGCCACGCUAGCGAGCUGGAAGCAUUUGCGAAACUAGUUACUGUUGUCAUAUGUCCGUCGUUGGUCAUAGCAUACAAAUUAGCCUACCCAUACACCCAUUUUUAA